CGGAUGAGAAUAGCCUGCUGAAUGAAGUGCAUCAAAAUACUAAGAAGGAACUCCAGCAAGCGAUAUCUAACCUUGAAGAACAGCUCAAGGAACAAAAAACAGGGGAAGCUGCUAUUGCAGAAUUCUCUCAUGGAACUGCAAACCAAGUCAGCUCACUGUGAAGAAGAUAGCAGAAAACUAGCUAAGGCAAAUAUAAAGCUUAAAGAAGAUGUGUCUACAUACGAGUGCAAACAAAGUGACCUUGAAGCAAAAUAUUCCACUGCUGUUGCUGAGAAGGAUGAAUCAGUUGAACAACUUCAGGCUGCAAAAAGGACUAUUGAAGAUUUAAAGCAGCAGCAUUCUUCUCAAGAGCAGAAACUACAAUCUCAGAUAUCUUCGCUUACGGAUGAGAACAGCCUGCUUAAUGAAGUGCAUCAAAAUACUAAGAAGGAACUCCAGCAAGCGAUAUCUAACCUUGAAGAACAGCUCAAGGAACAAAAAACAGGAGAAGCUGCUUUAAAAUCUGAGGUUGAAAAUCUCAAGGCUAAGGUUGCUGAGAAAACUUUGUUGCAAAAUUCUCUCAAGGAACUGCAAACCAAGUCAGCUCACUGUGAAGAAGAGAGCAGAAAACUAGCUGAGGCAAAUAUAAAGCUUAAAGAAGAUGUGUCUACAUACGAGUGCAAACAAAGUGACCUUGACGCAAAAUAUUUCACUGUUGUUGCUGAGAAGGAUGAAUCAGUUGAACAACUUCAGGCUGCAAAAAGGACUAUUGAAGAUUUAAUGCAGCAGUAUUCUUCUCAAGGGCAGAAACUACAAUCUCAGAUAUCUUCGCUUACAGAUGAGAACAACCUGCUUAAUGAAGUGCAUCAAAAUACUAAGAAGGAACUCCAGCAAGUGAUAUCCAACCUUGAAGAACAGCUCAAGGAACAAAAAGCAGGAGAAGCUGCUUUAAGAUCUGAGUUGAAAAUCUCAAGGCUGAGGUUGCUGAGAAAACUUUGUUGCAAAAUUUUCUCAAGGAACUCGAAGAGAAAUUGGUGAAAACUGAAGCUCGACUGCAAAAAGAGGCUGAAAGCAUUAAGGCUGCUGCAGCGAAAAAACAGGCAGAGGCUUCCCCAAUGCCAAGUGUUAUGUUCAUCGUGGGAGUGGCUAUGGUGUCUACGAUCAUCGGCCUCAUUCUUGGGAAACGAUACCAGAUCAAGUUUUUGUGUUUUUGCUAUCCCCUUGGCUGUUUGCAAAGCAAAACACAGAUGGUUAUGUAUUAUUCAAGUUUGUAUUUAGUUUGUAUAUUGGGUUGCAGAUGCUUUCAGAAAUAUAAGAAUUUGUGCGUUUGUUGAUA